AUGGAAGAUGAAGGACCCGUAGAUGACCAAUCCACCAUGCCGAGUUUUAUUAGCAGUUUCGAGGACGGGAGGGCUAAACUGUCUCGCAAUCUGUCGGCUGAAACUUCCUUCUCCGAUGGCAAAGUUGAGCGAGCAGUGGUUGAUUUGCGUGGCCGUGUCGCCUUGUCGGACUCGCAUCUGUCCUCCGUGGAUGUGGACGGGAAUAUGGAUGAGAAUGAUGCGGAAGGGAAUAACAACAACAACUGCAACAGUGGCAGCGGAGGAGGGGGGCAGAAACGCAGGGCCAGCGCAGUGGAAAUAAUACUCAGGAGGAAUUUCGGAACCGUGUCCAAAUCUCCUUCGCUUUGUUUGAACGUCUGCACCCGAACUCCGUGUGCACCAGAGGACGACUCCAGAAAUAUCACUGCCGCGAGAGAAGAGAAAAAGUCCAGUUUGGAAACGGAAGCACCCGUAGUCAAUAACGAACGCACCUCGAACUUGUCCCACCGGCUUUCCACAGAGCAGGAUGACGCAGAGGCGCAGCUGUGCCGGGUGUGCCUGGAGUCGAAAACCAUCGUACCCUUGUCCUGCUGUGGGAUGGCAGUGUGUGAAGAGUGUCUGAAACUCUACGUCAGCUCUCAGGUGCGAAUGGCCAAACCCUUUGUGAGCUGCCCGAGCCCGGACUGCAGUGGCUUCCUGGACGAGGAUCUGCUGCUUUCCCUGUUGACCAGUGCGGAGGCGGCCAGGUAUCGAUACUUUCUGGAACUGAGUCAACUGGACUCCAGCACCAAACCCUGCCCCCAAUGCAACCACUUCACAUCGCUCAAGGAUCACGCCCCCUGCAGCUCGGAGAACAAAUACAAGAUCCUGUGUGACAGCUGCCAAUUCUUGUGGUGCUUCAAAUGCCACGCCCCUUGGCACGACGGUCUCAAGUGCCGCGAGUACAGAAAAGGAGACAAACUUCUCCGAUCGUGGGCCAAUGUCAUCCAGCACGGACAGAGAAACGCUCAGAAGUGCCCACAGUGCAAAAUCCAUAUUCAGCGGACGGAGGGUUGCGAUCACAUGACCUGCGCACAAUGUAACACCAACUUCUGUUACCGCUGCGGAGAACGCUACAGACAUUUACGGUUCUUUGGGGACCACACGUCUAACCUCAGCGUGUUUGGCUGCAAGUACCGCUAUCUUCCCGGGAAACCCCACCUGAGGCGCUUUGUCAGGGGCUCCGUCUGCGCUUCUAAGAUUCUGAUGGCACCAGCGGUCAUAGUGCUAGUGGUGGUGUUUGGAGCGCUGGCCCUCAUAAUUGGGUUGGUAGUUUUCCCCAUCUACUACGUGUGCAAGAAGCAAAAAAAGCAGCACUCUCAGGGCUCUGGACGCUGGAUCUGA